GUGGUCUCGCCAUGCACACUAGCAGCUUCAGAUGUAGUUUGUCUUUUGUCGAUUCUUGGAGAUUAUUUUGCGUCGUUAAGCAAAAGAGAACGACAAAAAAGAUAGCACCUUUGUCGCAUUUGAUGUGUGAUUGUGUACGAUGAUUGAUUGACGAGACGAGACCGUAUCGAGCGCGAGCGAAAGUGAAGGGGCGGGGGGGGGGGGCACAUUCCCUCACUCACUCACUCUGCAUUGCAUUCUUCUUCUUGAACAGAGAACGAAAGAUGGCAACUUUCGAGGGCGAAGCCGAAAUCUUUCCCUCCUCCCUCGAGCUCCUCCAACGGCACCAGCCGACGCAGCCCGACCCAGAUGGGCCGCCACCCUUUUCUUCAUCUCCGCCUCCUGCUGUCGGUCCGGACGCGGAACUUGCGCUCGUGGAGGGGAUUCGGAAUGUGGCCUUGGAGGACGCGGGAGACGAAGCGAGCGAAGAGAAAGAUGGGAAUUGGGACGAUUGGGGAGAGAAUUCGCACUACCCUUUUGGGAUGUACGCGCGGGACUGCCAUUUUUAUGUGCGGAAUGGGUGGUGCAAGUUCGGCGUGAAUUGCAGGUUCAAUCACCCUGAGAAGAGGACGGGCAUGGGCGAGCCUCAGGUCUUUCAGCAUUCGGGUUUCGCGGAGAAGCAGGAAAGGGGAGAGAUCUUGGAGCCGACUAAGCAGAUUGAGUGCAAGUAUUACUCGACUGCUGGAGGGUGCAAGUAUGGAGAAGCUUGCAGAUAUAGCCAUUCCAAAGAAAGAAUUGAAAUCACAGACCAACCACAACUUAAUUUCCUUGGCCUGCCAAUAAGAUUGGGAAAAGCAGAGUGCGCCUUCUACAUGCAGAAUGGCACGUGUCGAUAUGGACUUGAUUGCAGGUUUCACCAUCCUAAUCCUACAAUGGUUGGGGACUUCAGUCCUGAUGAGACCUCAGCCGAUCUUGCAUCCGUUGGAAGGGAGCCGAAGCAUCCUGAGGAGAGUCCUAUGGGAAACUCUGAUUAUCUGAGAUAUAAUGGAAUUUUACAGGAAUAUUUAGCAUCCCGGUCUUUGAAUGCUGCUUCUGGGACCCAGCCGUACUGGGAGAAUGGACUGUCCCAUGUCCCUGGGAUUUCUCAAAGUUCUCAAAAGGCUUGGGCGUAUUCGCAAGAAGGGGCAGGGCACAGUAAAGGGCUGCUACCUCCUGAAGAAUACCCUCAACGACCCGGUCAACCUGAGUGUGCUUAUUUCAUGAAGACAGGUCAUUGCAAAUACGGACAUACUUGUAAAUUUCACCAUCCAAAGCACCGGGUUUCGGCAGGACCCUCCUAUUUUCAAACUGAUAAGGCGCUCCCCUUGAGAUCUGAUAGGAGAACUUGCAGGAAUUAUGUACAGUUUGGGCUUUGUAAAUAUGGAAACGCGUGCUUGUUCGAUCAUCCAGUUUCGCAAGAUUCUGCCUCCUCUUCAUUUGGAAUAGCUCCUCAUGAAGAUACACCUGCAUGGUUCUAACUGGCGUGGAUAUGGCAGUGACAUUGGUGCUUUAUCUUUGCAUUUUCGCGGGACUCUGCAAUCUACUCUUAGUCCCUUGCGCUUUUCUUUCAUGUACUUGUUUUAGACUUUGUUUGGGAGUAUUCUCACCAAGCUCUGGCAUGCAACAUGGUAACCGGCUUUUCCCCGAUGAUUCGGAAGCAGAAGCAGGAGUUGGACAGAUCAUUCUUUAGAUUUAUGUUCCCUAUAGAAACUAAACCAGUUUUGGUAUUGUAUGGGCAUAUGAAUGGCUCCAUCAUUAUUCUUGUUUUUUCCUGUUAGGAAUAUAAGUCAUGACAUUUUGAAUUUAAGAUCUUGGUAAUGGAUGAUUAUCAUUAAGCCACAAAAUAUGAUAUGAAGAAUGAGACUCUGUUUUGCUUGGUA